GUAAACGAGCCGCGCUGUCAGUGUUGUUAGUAAUAUCGUUGGUGUUCGACGAAAAAGAAUGUGUUGUUAAUCCAUUUUUGAUUCCCUGCUCUUUUUUUCUCACUCGUUCGUUUCCUGUCCAACCUGCCAGCGGUGUGUUUGCCAGCAUAUCGGGAUUUUUCGCGAAAAAAAUCAUAUUUUUCCCCCAUAGUUUCCCCGUUGCCGUUUGCCGUUCGUUUCGCUCUCGAUCCGUUCGAUUCGUUCGGACUUGAAGGUACACACACACACACACACACACACACACAUACACACAUACCGGGAGAACGCGAACGAAAAAUGCAUAAAAUGAAAGAGCAAUUCGAGGUGGACUACUUGUCGUUCAGGACGGAAGUCUCCAAAUGUAGGAAAUCGCUCGCCACCAGAGAAUUGACGAAAAUAGCGUAUUCCGCGUCGAGCAGCGUGGUCUCGCUGGCGGAGGGCAUGCCGAAUGAAGCUACCUUCCCUUUCAAGGAGAUCUCCAUCAAACUUAACGACGGAUCGUCUUUCACCCUUGACGGGCAAGAAUUGGGCGCAGCUUUGCAGUAUAUUCCCAGUCAGGGAUACCCGCCGCUUCUUCAGAGCCUGAGGGAGUUCCAGAGGAGGGUGCACGCACCUCCCCUAUGGGAGAGCCGUGACAUCAUGAUCGUCUCCGGAGCUCAGGACGGAUUAAGCAAAACUUUCGAGGCCAUACUCGGCCCCGGUGAUUCGCUCCUUGUGCACGAUCCUUUUUAUCCAGGCGUGCAGGUUGUGGGUUUGCCGGAAGUAAUCCCUAUUCCUCAAGACGAAUACGGUGUAGAUGCAGAUAUUUUAAGAGAAACGUUGAGGAACAGGAAGCUGUCUGGCAAGAAAAUGCCGAAAAUAAUGUACAUAAACUCGACCGGGAUGAAUCCCACAGGCAUCAUUAUCCCUCUGGAAAGGAGGAAAGAGAUAUACAGGUUAGCGUGCGAGUACAACUUCUUGAUUCUGGACGACGAUCCUUAUCACUUCGUGCACUUCGACGACGUGGAACCGAAAUCGUUCUUAUCGUUGGACACGGAGGGCAGAGUGAUUAGGCUGGACUCGUUCUCGAAAGUGAUCAGCAGCGGUCUCAGAAUAGGAUUCAUCACGGCACCGGCUCCGCUGAUAGCGAGCAUAGAGCUUCACUUGCAGAGCAGCCACCUCCACGCCCCUACGUUAUCGCAGGUGAUAGUGUACAGGCUGAUGAAAUUAUGGGGAUACGACGGGAUAAUGAAUCAUUUCAUGGGGAUAAGACGGUUUUAUAAGCAGCGAAGGGAUGUUAUCGCCAGGCUUGCUGAAAAACACUUGAACGAUUUGGUAGACUUUGUGUUACCUAAGGGAGGCUUCUUCCUCUGGAUCAAAGUUCGCGGUAUUAACGACACAUGGAAGAUGAUUAUGCAACGAGGAAUCACAGAAGGUAUCAUAAUGGUACCUGGUUCAGUCUUCAUGAAGGAUUCUAGCAAACCAUGCAACGCUAUCAGAGCUAGUUUUGCCAAAGCUUCUUACGAAGAAAUGGACUUGGCAAUGAAAAGGUUGGCAGACCUAAUCAGAUCCGAGCUGCGAAAUAAUUACUCGAUAAUGAAUGAAAAUUUGUUCAUAAAUUAGUGUAUCUUCCGUCAUCUUUUAUUUGACGAAAAACUAACUUCAAGUUUCAACUUCAAAGUAAUUCACAAUUAAUUACAACGUGACAAACCUUGUAUCGAUAGAGCAAAGUGUAGUAUCGUAAGUUGAUAUAGUAGAAAUUAUCGUACCGUAUGACGAGAAUUUAUCGAUUAAUAGUAACGUACAACACAAAUUAUGUCGAUUUUGUUAAUUUUGCGAAAAUUCGUCGAUCAUGUCUGCUAGAGGACCGUAGGGUCAAACUUUUCCGUCAAGCUUUAAUAUUUAUAAUUGCGCAUUAAUUUUUUUAACCAUCUCGUUCAAUCUGUGAUUAUUCCAUCGUCUCGAAAAACCAUCAGUAGCUUAAUUGAAACCAUCAACAUUUUGUUCAAUUAAAUUCAAACAAUUAGUAUGAAUAUCGUGCGUACUUAAUUACCGUAGGAAUUCGCGGAUGUAUUUUUUCGCGUGUGUAUUUAUCGCGAAUCGGCAAAGUAUUGUAUAAAUUUAAACUAUAUUGUAUAAAAUUAACGUUUUUCCAUUUUUAAAUAAAAUUGAGAGUUGAUC